GCAGAGUACGAGGAGGAACUUUCUCGAUCAAAAGAGGAAAACGAGCGACAGCAGAAACUCCUGGACGCUGUUUUCAACCCUCAGCUUCACUUACACAGAGCAGACGUCCAGCAGCUGUUGGUGGUUAAAGAAGAGGUUCCUCCUGAGCAGCAGGAGUGGACCUCCAACGUGGACCAGGAGGACCCAGAACCGCCGACCAUUAAAGAGGAGCAGCAGGAGCUCUGGAUCGGUCAGGAGGGGGAGCAGCUUCAAGGACAGGAGGAGAACAAUGUCACCAAGGUCCAAUUCACUCCUGUCUCUGUGAAGAGUGAAGACGAUGAAGAGAAACCUCAGACCUCACAGCUUCAUCAAAGACAGACUGAGCAGAUGGAAACUGAUGAAGAGGACUGUGGAGGACCAGAAUCAAGUAGACAUUUACAACCUGAGACUGAGGACAAGACUGGAGACUCUCCUGAACCGGAGACGGACGACAGUGACGAUUAUUGGAAGGAGAUCAGAAACUAUCAGUCAGAUUUAAACUCUCUGAAUACCAAUGAAGUAUCGGUCAGUGAUGUGAAAUAUUGUGCUGCGGAGAAACGAUUUAGCUGCUCUGAUUGCGGCAAAAGAUUUGACCGAAUACUGCAUCUGUGGCAGCACAUGAGAACCCACACAGGAGAGAAACCUUUCAGCUGCUCCGUUUGUGGGAAAAGAUUCCGCUUAGAGCAACAUCUGAAGAGACACCUGAUGACUCACACAGGAGAAAAACCGUUCAGCUGCUCCGUCUGCAAGAAAACGUUCACCCAUCACGGAAAUUUAGACAAACACAUGAGAACUCACACAGGAGAUAAACCUUUCAGCUGCUCAGUUUGUAAGAAAUCCUUCAUAGAGCGCGGGUAUUUACAGAAACACAUGAUAAUCCACACAGGAGAGCAACCCUUUAGCUGCUCCGAGUGUGACAAGAGAUUCCUCCGAAAGCAAACGUUAGUGCAUCACAUGAGAACCCACACAGGAGAGAAACCUUAUAGCUGCCCUGAGUGUGAGAAAAGAUUCAGCUUGGGGCAACAUCUAAAGAGGCAUCUGAGAAGUCACACAGGAGAAAAACCUUUUAGCUGCUCCGUUUGUAAAAGAUCAUUUUCAGAGAGAGGAAAUUUACAAAAACACAUGAAAACUCACACAGGAGAGAAACCCUUCAGCUCCUUAGGUGGUGACAAAUCUUUCACGCAUUUUGGAAAUUUACAGACACACGCGAUGACUCACACAGGAGAGAAGCCUUUUAGCUGCAGUGUUUGUGACAAAAGAUUCACCUUGCGUGUGCAGCUCAUAAACCAUCAGUGUGUUGGUCGUCAGUCCUCACAGACUCCCCAAACUGAGGAGAAUAAAGACGCAGAGCCUUCGGCCAGCAGCUCAAAUGAUCAGAUGGAGACAGAAGUCGAUGGAGAGGACUGUGGAGGACCAGAAUCAGCCAGGAGCUCAAAUCCAGAUACACAUCUACAACCUGAUUUAGAUUAGAAAACUAGAAAACUUCAUUUAUCCCUAAUACCUAGUUCAGUUUGACAACCUACCCCAUUUGCAUAAUAGAGAAAUUUAGUGAAUUUUAUAAAACAAAAAAAAACAAGAAAUAUACUCCGAAGAGCAGCAGCACUCCAACAACAACAACAAGCGGAUUCACUGGACGGAAAAUGGUCAGAUGGCCUCAUAGUUCCUUUUGCUUUCUGGAUCGCACGUUUCUUCCAGAUUGAACACUAAUCUUUGACUGGACUCCAGUGAUCUUGGACUUAAAGGGUGCUGCAAGACUCUUCCAAACCCGAGACUGAACACUUGAUGAUGACAGGAAGACUUGAAAAUCUCGAUGAGCUUUCAAACUCUCUGAAAAGUGGUGAAGCCCAAGUACAUCGUUUGACACUUAUUUCUACCUAAAUAUAGUUAAAAUGUUCGGAGUGGGGUUAAGCAUUCGGCUUGUGGAGAUGCAUGAAGAUUCAUACAGAGAGAAACCUGUUAUUUACUCACUUUUUGUUACACUCUUUCCUUGGAAGGUGAACUUUUAUCUACGUCUACGGCACGUCUGUCCAUCCUGGAAGAAGGAUCCCUCCUCAGUUGCUCUUCCUGAGGUUUUUAAAGGAUUUUUGGGGGAGUUUUUCAUUGGUCGCUGUGAGGGUCUGAGGACAGAGGGAUGUCGUGUGCUGUGUGCUCUCUGAGGCAAUUUGUGAUUUAUGAAAAUUUAUAAAUAAAACUGAAUUGAAAAAUU